AUGAGCAAUAAUAAUAACAACAAUAAUAAUAGUGAUAAUUUAACAAAACAUGAUGAUCAUUCAUGUGGUUCGAAAAAUCGAUUAAAAUCUUCAAUAGUACGUGGUUCAAAUGGUUCUAUGAGUGCUUUCAGACGAUUUUAUCAAAAUGGUGGGAGAGAUUAUGAACAAUAUCGUCUUUGGCUUCAAGCAUUAUCAAAAGCUGAACAAUCAUCAACGUCAUCAAAUCCGACAACUGAAACCAACGAAGAACCGAUUGAUAUAGAAUCUGAUAUAACCACUAUAUUUCCACACGUAGUAGUAUCAUCAUCAUCAUCAUCAUCAUCAUUACCAUUACAUUCGCAACAUUCUAUAUCAAUACCAAGAAUUACACGUGCAUAUCCAAUACUGAAACCGGUGGGACACCGUAUACCUUUACGAAGAAAAUCUGAACUUUCAUCAUUGCCAUUACCUACAUUUUUGUCUUCAAUAUCGGCAACAACAUCAUUGAAACCUCAAAUUUGUAUUCCAUGUGAUUAUUCUCAUAUUUCAACUGAAUCAUCAUCAUCAUCAUCACCAUCAUUUAUCGAUUGGUCAGUGGCUGAUGUUGCUCAAUUUAUUGGAAAACAUUUUCCUGAGAAACAUAUUGCUCGAAAAUUUAUGCAACAAAAAAUCGACGGACGUACACUACCAUUAUUAACUGAAGAUCAUUUAACAAGAAUACUUAAAAUGAAACUUGGUCCAGCAUUACAUUUACUUACGCUUAUAUCUAAUAUGCAAUUAAAAAAUUAA